CAGAGGGAUCUCGAGGUGCAACGUAGCGUGCGCGUUUCACAUUUUUUGUUCUCCAUCUCAUCGCGUGUGUUCAAAUGGCUGCGAGAAAAGCAGGAAAGAAGAACCCGAAGAAGCGAGCUCAACGAGCCACUUCGAACGUGUUUGCUAUGUUUGACCAAGCUCAAAUACAGGAAUUCAAAGAGGCGUUCAAUAUGAUCGACCAGAACAGGGACGGAUUCAUCGACAAAGAAGAUCUAAAGGACAUGAUGGCUUCGUUAGGCCGAGAAUAUCCGGAGUCGUAUUAUGAUGAGAUGAUGGGCGAGAGUUUGGGACCGAUGAAUUUCACGAUGUUUCUCACCGUCUUUGGAGAGAAAUUAAAUGGUACGGACCCGGAGGACGUCAUAAAGAACGCGUUUGCGUGUUUUGACGAAGAAGGGACCGGAUAUAUACACGACGACAAGCUACGUGAACUGCUCAUGACCAUGGGAGAUCGAUUCACUGAAGAUGAGGUUGAUGAGAUGUUUCGAGAUGCUCCCAUAGAUGCUGAGGGAAAGUUUGAUUACCCAGCAUUUACUCGAAUUCUGAAGCAUGGUACAAAGGAUGAGUAAGUUUAGCUAUUAUCUCUGACUUGAUUUGCUUGGAAAUAGUUUUACUGAUGUGGAGUUAUGCUGGAUGGAUAGAAUUCAGGAGUAACUGUUGUCUACAGUUAAUGUUUUAAUUAAGUACAGUUUGUGGUAGAAAUAGUGUUAUACCAAUCAAUUUCAAGCUCAAAGAUGAAA